UAAAUCAGCUGUGUUUCUGUGUUCAGUCACUUCUGCGCUUUACAGCACUGGAGACCCCUCUGUGAUUUACUGCUCUAUUACUCAGCUCUACAGCUCAGCUCUACACCUUCACCAGCGGCUCUACUGCGAGUCGCUGGUGAUCCUCACAACACCGUUUCACUUCAACUGACCUUCAUCCCGAUACAGUUCCAUUCCAUCCAGAUCUACACCAACAGGUUUUUACACCACACUUUUUACACCACACACGUUUUACACCAAACACUUUUUACACCACACACUUUUUACACCACACACUUUUUACACCACACACUUUCUACACCACACACUUUCUACACUUUCUACACUUUCUUUGUUUCCAUACACUUUCACUUACACUCAACAUCUUCAUUGCCAUUAUCACCAUGGCCACCUCAUCGGAGCAACGGGGAAGGAAGAGGACCAGACCCCAGGAGACACUUGAUGACCCUGGAGCAUCUGCUGCUCCUGCAGCUCCUGCAGAUCCAGCAGCGAAGAGGAGGAAGACGCAGACCUCGACCACUGUCCUUACCCACAGGAUGGUCGUCAGGAACGCCUUCUGUUCCAGGCUGCUGCAGUUGUUAGGAGAAUUCUUGUGUCGCCGCUGUCGACUUCUCACGGGUCUUCGUCCCACCGUCCCCCCAUUUUGGAUCCGCAACGUGGACGUGUCCCUGACCGUGCUCGGUUAUCAGGACCAGCCCUUCAUUUGCCCAGGCGCCGUGGUCUUUCUUUACAUGCUGUGCCGCGACACUGUUCCGGCGGACGUGGCCAGCGUGGAGGAGCUGCGGGCGGUGCUCCUCUCCUGCCUGUAUGUAUCGUACGCGUACAUCGGCCACGAGAUCAGCUACCCGACACUGCCUUUCAUUCUGAAGACCGACAGGCAGACGUUUUGGAGGCGCACCCUGGACAUCACCAUGCGCAUGAGCCAAAAGAUGCUGGAGAUCAACAUCUCGCCACACGUCUUCGCCAAGUUCAUUUCUGACCUGGAGAAGAAGACGGAUUGUUAAUUUCUAUAUUUUCCAUUUUCUAUUUUACAGGUCGAUCAGAUUCGAAUCCUGUUCAUGUAGCUUGCUGUCGGCUACUGGAGCUGGCUUUGAGAGAGCACAAUUGGCCUGGCUCUCUCUGGGUGGGUACAGUAGAUGGCGCUCUUUCCCUACUUCACUUCUAAGGUGAUGUCGAUCAGCACGAGGCGUCUGUGAGCUGAUGUAUCGGAACCGAGCCGCUGCUUUUUCCUCCGAGCGUGCUUGAUGCUGCUCGGCAAUGCUACAUCAGCAGCAGUUUGAGAAGAUGGCUGACUUCACAUGUAUCGGAGGAGGCAUGUGCUAGUCUUCACUCUCCUGGUGUGAUGGGGCAUCACCUGGUGAUAGGGCGAGUCCUAAUGAGUGGGUUGGGUAUUUAGCUUUGUAAAUUGGCGAGAAAAGGAUAAAAACAUUUAUAAUAAAAUGAUAAAAUAAUAAGUAAAUUAAAGAAAACACCUGCUUUUAAAUAAUUAUUACUAUUACUACUAGGAAUACUGGCAACCAGUGCAACAUAGUAUUAGGCAACAAAAACCAAAUAAAACAGAUUUAAAACUAAAUAUGAACAAAAUAAAUUGAGUACACCAUCAAAUACACACAAAAUAGUUUACAGGACUCUUGGACAGAACCUGACCAGGCCUGGGACACUUAAAAAGACGUGGAAGAACUGGUAAGUAUGCAGGGCAGGAAACUUCCAUUCAUGUUCAGCUGUCAGUAAAGUGUCAUCAGUGUCUGGCUUCAUGUGUUUUGGAGGCGGCACAUGCUAGCCUUCACUGCUCCAGCUUGAUGGCAGCGUACGUGAUGGGAGAGGAACUGCUGAUGCAGGAAAGGAGGAUUUGUAAAGGACAGACACAUGGACUAGGAGGAAGACGGACACAGACAAUGAGGAUAGUGGACUGAAGACUGGACACAGCGGCUAAAAAAUAACUAUAUAUUUAUUCAUUAUCUAUAUAUUUAGUUUAGUGAUUGGGCUGUCCGUGGUCGACCAGAGGAGGACUGGUUCCCCUUUUGAGUCUUGGUUCCUCUCAAGAAGGUUUCUCCCUCUUGAUCUGAGGGAGUUUUUCCUUGCCACUGUUGCCAUUGGCUUGCUCAAAAGGAGUUUAGACCCGGACCUAGCUAUUUAGAUUUAUUUAAAUUCAGCUGAAUAUUAGACCUGAUCAAUAUGAUCACCUUGCAGACAAUUAAAACAAUUUAACAAUUUAAAUAACCAUUAACAUUAGCCAAUAUAAUUUACAAUAUAAUUUUGUAUUUAUGUUAGGCAGAGUCCCUUUAAGACCAAUAUGGUUGCCAGUUUCAUAAUAAAUUAUUAUAAAUUAUAUUCAUUUUACUUAAUAGUUACUUAUAAUUAUUUAACUCAUUUAUUUCUAUUAUUAUAUAGUAUAAUAGAACGUAUAAUUAAUCUUUCAGUUAAAUAUAUUAAUUCCAUCUAAACUGGUGAGUGCUUUAAUUAAGUCUGGCAGUGUGAAAAAGGAAUUUAAGCAUUAUUAUUUUAUUAUUAAUUAAUAAACUAUUACUAAUAAAUUAAUUCUUGACUAUUAAUGAACUCACAGAUUAAUAGCAAAGCAAAGAUUAGAUUAAAAUAAAUAAAAAAUCUCUAAAAUGUACAUAGAUAUGCUUUUUAUAGAAUAUUCACAAACUAAUUUAACACUACAAUACAGCAAUCCAGUUAAUACAAGUAGAUUUAUUAUUAGCUUAUUAGGUCUAUAGGGCUUCCCGCCAAACAAACCAAAAUUAAAAAUGACACGAAACACAAUAAAGAUUUAGAAUUAGAGAGUAAAUAUAUAAACUUAACAGAGAGUAAAAUGAGACGGAGGAAAAUAUAAAUGCAGUAUAAGGCAGAGAAAGGUGGAGCAGCCUCAGCAGGUAAAUCUAAACAGCAGGAGACCAAAACCUCCCCACCACCUUCUUCACUCUGAGGGUCCUGAGCGUCACUGCUGUCUUAUGAUUUGAUCUUUCAUCAGCAGAUCCACAGUUCAGAACCAGCAUUACUACAGUCCUCCACGGUCUGGAGAAGUGCAGCAGCUGAAGUACAGUUUCUCUGCUCUGUGUCUGACCUUCCAGUUCUCUGUAAUAAAAAUAAGCUGUCAAAUGUUUUACCUCUGUCUGAAAA